UCCGUCGUGGCGCGAAUAAGACCACGCCUCCUGAGAUUUUCCCGCGAACUUCCACAGUGCGUAAGCUGUAGCAGAUCACUUCCCUCUCAUUUACUCAACCCAGAGUAGUGUGAGCUACCUAGUUAGAAGAGCAACACCACAAUGCGCCCUAAGCGUCAGCAGGCCCCGCCCCCCUCUACCAGAAUGAACCUGAGGAGUUACCGGAACUCGUCCUUGGUCCCCAUGGAGACCUCAUCCUCAGAGGACAGCUGUGACAGCUUCGCUUCUGAUGGCUUUGCACCAAUGAAAAGACCUCUUAGACCGACGAGAAGCUCCGCUCGGCAGGCAAAACUCUUAGAAACUCCUCCUGUGUCAGAGGAGGAAGGCUGCAGCGGUUUUGAGGAAAGCGACUUUAAUAAUGAGAUGAGCACCAUGAAAAUGGAUUCCGACUCUGAUUCAGAACCCCCCAGAAAAACUCGCCGCUCCUUCACUCUUCGAGUGGCCAUGAAGUUCCCUGCUAAAAAUGCCUCUCCAAAGAAAUCCCCAAGUCCUAAGCCUGCUCCUAAACCCAAAGACCCAGAAUUAGAUUCUGAAGAAGAGGACUUUAUUGCAAAGAGGGCACUGAAUAUUAAAGAAAACAAAGCGAUGCUGGCUAAACUAAUGGCAGAGUUAAACAAAGUCCCUGGAAUUUUCCCUAAGAAGACAUCUGCUGCGGGCAAUACACCUACCCGUGUGCCCCGACGCUCUUUGGGAACCCCUGAAACCCGCAGGCAGAAUCCGGAGCGUUUGUCAAGGAUUCGCACACGUUCCCGCUCACUGGUGGAUGGCCCUCCCUCUCCCCCUCCUGGAGAAGAGUCUGAGGACAAGUUCAGUCUGGUGCGCAGGACCAGAGAUGACGACGAUGAUGAUUAUACACCGGAGCCACGGCGCCGGCGCACAUACAAUGGUGUUCUUGCUAUCCCUCACGUGGUAAGACCUGUGGAGGAGAUCACUCAGGAUGAGUUGGACAAUAUUUGCACUAAUGCCAGAGAGAAGAUCUACAAUCGUGCCACCGGCAGCACCUGUCACCAGUGUCGUCAGAAGACGAUCGACACGAAGACUAAUUGCCGCAACCCUGAGUGUGUUGGAGUCAGGGGUCAGUUUUGUGGCCCCUGUUUGCGUAACCGCUAUGGAGAGGAGGUUCAUGAUGCACUUUUGGACCCGGAGUGGCAAUGCCCUCCAUGCAGAGGCAUUUGUAACUGCAGCUUCUGCAGGGCCAGAGAGGGGCGCUGUGCUACAGGUGUGCUUGUCUACCUGGCUAAAUACCAUGGCUAUGACAAUGUCCAUGCUUACCUGAACAGCCUGAAGAAGGAGCUAGAAGAGAGUGAGUGAAAAUGCUGAUCCUGCUGACUUUUAAUCUGUGGCCUGUUUUCGUCUUUUGGUUCUCUUGAUAUGUUUUAGAAUUUGCUUUAUGGUCCUUAUACAUUUUAAUGCAAGUUUGUGCCUUAUGAGUAGACAGGUGUUAAUGGACUACCUGAGGUGUUCAUUUACAUUGUUUUAAAUGUAACGUCGCUCAUUGUUGAUUGUAGUGCUCUGUUGCACUGUAAAUUUGCCUCUGAUGCCUUUUAAGCUGUUGGGAAACUAAACUAAUGCUAAUAACUCAAAAUGUAGCAGAAUAUUGUUUCUCUUGUUAAGCCUAGCACAAUUUCUCCAACCAAUAAAAGCUGCUUUUAUUUUUUAAA